GGUGCACCUGCUGGUCCUGGGCUUGCGGCGCACCACGCGACCCCGCGACGCCUUGCCACACCUGAUUCCAGCGCUAGCCGCGCGUCUGGCCGGCCCAGAGCCCGCGCGCCGCCCUCCGCCUGAGGUGUGCGAGGAGGUGCGCCUGGCGCUAGUUCAGCUGCUGGGCCUGGCGGUGGAUCUCGGCGGCACCGCGCUCGCGCCCUACCUGGACGACGCAGUACGCGUGCUCCGCAGCACGCUACUCGAUCCCUUUGCCGCCGUGCGCCGCGAGAGCUGCCAGUGCGCCGCCGCCCUGGCGCGCGCUACCCCGGACCAUUUCCACAUGCAGUCGGAGUCUUUGAUCGGCCCCCUGAUGCAAACCAUCUCCCACCAGCACUGGAAGGUCCGGGUAGCUGUCAUCGAGGCCACCGGUACAGUGAUCCAGUUUGGCAAUGGGAAAUCAGUGGACGACGUGCUUUCUCAUUUUGCUCAGCGGCUAUUUGACGAUGUCCCUCAGGUCCGACAGGCAGUGACCACCGUGGUAGGGGGCUGGCUGCUGAAUCUGCGGGACCGCUACUCCUUUUUCCACAAGCUCAUCCCUUUGUUGUUGAGCAGCUUCAAUGAUGAAAUACCUGAAAUCACGGACUCGGCUGCCAGCCUCUGGGAGAAAAUUGGCCUGCAGUGGCAAAAGGAGAAUGAGGAGGAUCUGAAGGACAAACUGGACUUUGCCUCUCCCCCACCGGCCCAUUACCCGCCGCAAGAGAGUCGCCCAGGGCUGGGCUGCCGGGAGCUUGUCUUCAGAAACCUCUCCAAGAUUCUUCCCGCCAUCUGUCAUGACAUUACCGACUGGGUAGUGGGCACCAGGGUAAAGUCUGCGCAGCUCCUGCCAGUGCUGCUGCUUCAUGCUGAGGACCACAUCACGCAGCACCUUGAGAUCUUGCUCAGGACCCUGCAGCAGGCGUGUGCCGACGAGGAGAAGGCUGUGGUCAGCGGCUGUAUGAGAUCUGCAGAGCUAAUUGGGACGUUUGUUAACCCAGAAGUAUUUCUGAAGUUGAUCUUACCGAUGCUGAGGAAGUCACCCUCCCCAUCUGGCCUCUUGGUUCUUGCUUCGGUCAUUCGAGGCUGCCCCCGAGAAGCCCUCCAGCCACACCUGGAGGUCAUCGCCACAGAGCUAGCCCAGGCGCACAUCUGUCAAGGGUCUGAAAAUGACCUCUACCUGGAGCACUUGCUGCUCUGUGUGCAGGCCCUGGUGUCAGUGUGUGGGGAGGACUGCAGCAGGGCCAGCCUGCAGCUCAUGGAAGUGCUGGUGACCAUAAUGGCUGUCUCUGGUGCCGCCAGCCUGGGUGACAAGGCUCAGGAGACCAUGGACUUGCUCGCCACCGUGGAACAGGUCAACGGCAGCCUGGACCUCUACCGCAAACACAUGGGCUCUCUCAUGGAGUGGGUGACUGCGUCACACCAGGACUGGACUGUGCACUCUGCCGAACUCAUGCAGUUCAGCAUCAUCGUCACUCAGUCAGGCCCUGCCAUUGGAGAAGCAUUGCAGCACGUGGUACCCACGCUGAGAGCCUGUCUCCAACCAGCGAGAGACCCACAGAUGCGCCUAAAGCUGUUCACUAUCCUGUCCAAGGUGCUGCUGAAACCAAAGGACACCGUCAACUCCCAAGGGCAGUUUCACAGCUACCUUGAGACAGUGAUCAAGGACAUCCUGGCUCCCAGUCUCCAGUGGCAUGCAGGGAGGACAGCUGCAGCCAUCCGCACUGCUGCCGUGUCCUGCCUCUGGGCACUCACCAGCAGCGACACCUUGUCGGCCAAACAGAUACAGGAAGUACAAGAAGCAUUGAUGCCUCAAAUUCUGACCACCCUGGAGGAAGAUUCUCAGAUGACUCGAUUAAUUUCAUGCCGUAUUAUUAACGUAUUUUUAAAAACUUCUGGUGAUGUGAUCGAUCCAGAUAAAUUCAUCAAGAUAUAUCCUGAACUCUUAAAACGCCUAGAUGAUGUGUCCAAUGACGUGAGGAUGGCAGCGGCCUCCACCUUGAUCACCUGGCUGAAGUGUAUCAACAGCUCUGAUGGAAAGUCUUAUUUUCAAAACAACAUUCAGUACCUGUAUAAAGAGCUCCUCGUUCACCUGGAUGAUCCAGAGAGUGCCAUCCAGGACGCGGUUUUAGAGGUCCUCAAAGAGGGCAGCGUCCUAUUCCCAGAUCUCCUGGUGAGGGAGACUGAGGCCGUCAUCCACAAGCACCGCUCUGCCACCUACUGCGAGCAGCUUCUGCAGCACAUGCAGGCCGCGCCAGCUGCACCAUGACCAGCAUCCUGGGCUCCGCGCCCUCGGUGUGACUGCUGGUGGAAGUGAACACCAAACCUCACCCUUAACCUGGACUGAAAUGUGUGGCCUUUAAACUUGUCAACAGGGCACCUUUUGUCAACAGCUUAGAGUACUCACGGCAGGGCUGUGGCAACAAGAAGAGUGUAACAUAGAAGAAUGUUGUAUUCAGAAACUUCUACUCUUCUCCUGGUCAGUUUUCAAGCCCAGCAGUUGAUGAGUGGAGUCUAUUUCUAUGUCUUAUUUGUACGGCUCACGGAGAGGUCUUCCAACAGUCUACCAGCUAAUUCAAGAUUAAAAUUAAUUGUCAGCUACUCACGCUGGCAGACAAAUCAGCUGCUGCUUAUGUUUUUAAGCUCCUCAUGCACUGCUGGGCCCAAGGAUUAUUGCUUCUAUCCGCUUACAUGCCCACCAAGAAAGUUCUUAACUGUUCAACAAGAAAGAAAAAGAAAGGUCAAAAUCACUCAAAAGACAUUUCAUCUUCCUGUCUACCGAAAUUAACAUCUCAGUGAACACUCUAAAGGAAUUUGAAAUCUUAACAGUUGUUACCAGUGAAAUGUUUCCUAUUUUAAAUACACUGGAAUUUAUAAAGUUAUGUGGAUAUAUGUGGUCACAGUAUUUUUUUAAAGCUGGUAGAGCUAACAGUGUUGAAAAAAGAAUAUUUAAUCCAAUCUAAUUUUGGUUGUUCUCUUACAAGCAGCACUAAAGUAAGAUUGUAUUUUACUCUACCGCUUUCUACACCCAAGUGCCUAGAACAUUUUAAGUGGAUAUUAUUAUCAUAAGCCAAUAUUUACUUAAGAGAGAAAGUUCUGUAUUUCCUAGCAACCAGAUUUUAACAUUUAUACAUUGGUGUUUGAAAAUUUAAUUAAAAAUAUUUAUUUUAA